AUGGGAGGGAGGACGGGGGGGGAGGGGGAGAACGGGGGAAAGGGAGGGGGGAGGGGAGAGAAAAGUGGGGCGGGGGGAAAAGGACGGGGAAGAGGGAACGAAGCGGGGGAGGAGAGGGGGGGAAGAGACGGAGGGGGGGGGAACGGGGAAGACGGAGGGGGGGAGGAGGGGUGGAAGCAUCGGGAGGGGAAGACGGGGAAGAAGGGAAGGGAUGGACGAGAAGGUGAGAAGGCGAAUGGGGGGGGAAACGGUUGGGGAGAAAUGGGAGGGGAAGACCGGCGGGAAGGAGCGAGAGGGGGUGGGGAGAAGGGGGGAGGAGAAAGGAGGAGAGGGCGGGGGCCGGGGGAGGGGGGGAGGGAAGGAUGGGGAAAGAAGGGGAGGAAUAAAGGCAUCCAACAAAAAAAACAUCAUCGCAGUGCUAGCUGUGCCACUAGAGAUCCUGGUUCGAAUCCAGGCUCUGCUGUAGCCGGCCGCAACCGGGAGACCAAUGGGGCGGCGCACAAUUGGCCCAGCGUCGUCCAGGGUAGGGGAGGGAAUGGCUGGCAGGGAGGUAGCUCAGUUGGUAGAGCAUGGCGUUUGCAACGCCAGGGUUGUGGGUUCGAUUCCCAUGGGGGGCCAGUAUGAAAAAAGAAAAAAAAGAAUAAUGUAAGUCGCUCUGGAUAAGAGCGUCUGCUAAAUGACGUAAAUGUAAAGAAGAACAUUCUCAGGACAGCAACCAUUUCCCUCCUGGACCAACAUGAUUGUACAACAUGGGGGAUGUAACACGUGUUUUUAUCUCCUCAGGACCUGGGUGAGCACGGCAUCGCCCCCAGACAGAUCAUCACUACGGCUGACUUUGCCUCAGGCAGGAAGGAUCUGAUCGGGGACAAGGCCAGAGCCAUCACCUCUCUUUCAGCCCCUAUCCCCGGGGACACUGUCCUGGAAGACCUGGUGGCUCCGGCUAGGUAACUGAACAGACUUGAUGUGGUCACUCUGGGGCCCCGUAUGUAUCAAGUGUCUUAACGGUAGGAGUGAUUUUCUAGAAUCAGGUCGUCUCUGUCCAUGGUAAUGAUUCAUUAUGAUCUCAAUUGGCCUAACUGAUCCUAGAUCUUUGACACAGCCCCUGGUGUUCAACUAGCUAAAUGUAGUUGCGGUUUGCCUCAUAUUGCUGCUAGGCUGACUGACCUUGUUUACACCUGGCAGGUCCUCCAUGGGGGUGGAGCUACUGAGGAGGAUGGGCUGGAAGGAUGGCCAGGGGGUUGGGCCGAGGGUGAAGAGGAGACUGUGCAAGCAGGAAGCAGGUGGGUUGCACUUGCCACCGACUUUUCAAAGCAGUUAAUGUUGUAGGCUAAUACGUGUUAUAGACUGUACAGACGGACUCUACUCUCUCACAAAGGAGGAUUUUACUUGUGAAUAAAAUCAUUCUAAAAUGGUUCUUUCUCUAUUCCAGAUCCUGCAACAAGGGUGUUCGGCUCUGCCUUGCCUCCCAACGGUUCAUCAGAAUCACGGGUAGCCAUUCCUCAGAAUAUUCAUAUUGUCUCGCAUCUGCUCUUAAAACUAGAAUCCAGCUCUACAUUAAGAACGUUUAAUGUUAUGUGGAUGGCUGUAUAAAACAUAUCUUCAUGAGAGGGCCAUGAACAGAACCUGCUAAUGCCCUAUUCUGUUAGAAAGCUCGUAUUUAUUUGAUUAAUUAUUUAUCUAUGAUUUGUAUGGACUUUUUGCACUAGUAUGCGCUGCUAUAGUAAAUAGUAUGAAAACACUACAUCCUAGAUUUUCAUUUUCAAAUGUAAUUUGCUAUGAACAACCUAUUCGUGAAAAAAUGGGGGAACACGGCUUGCAUUUUUUGGUUAAUGAUCUACGUCACAAUCAACUUUACAACUGACAUGCUAGAAGAAUAAUCAUAUUAUAAUAAUAAUAUAUGCCAGGUGGCCCUGGGAAUCAAACCGACAACCCUGGCGGUGCAAGCACCAUGCACAACCAACCAACUGAGCCAUACAGGACCACCACUAUAAGAAGAUAUAACAAGCUAGAACAUGCUAGAAGGUUUCAGAUGCAUUAUUAAUGUUGUAACUGUCUAUAUAACUAGCGGUCAGGGAAAAGCCGACUGAUUUCCCGGUGCACUGCUUUAAUUCGUUGCUGUCUCUUCCCCUGUGAACGUAACACAGAGUUGGCUGGCCACUCUACGGAUUCAUCAGUCUCAGCUUUAAUCUAAUAUAAAGUUUUGUCCCUCAGUGAUUUCCCAUGUUUUUUUACCUUUCCAUUCGAUAUGAAUGGACGUGUGUUGUAGAACAAAGGGAACUACUUCCUAUCGCUGCAGUAGACUCUCAGCUUAGCAGCGAUAUUAACAGUCCGAUCAGCAAAUUAGUGUUAAGGCGGGACCCCCCCGAGCCUCCAAUGGCUGUGGAUAUGUCACCCGAGGCCAGCUGAAUUGAAGCAGGGAAGCCGGGGGGCUGUCAGCCAGAACAAUCACGAAGCGAAUUGGCCUUACAGAAUUUUAUUAAUAAGCUAAUUACCUUGAUAUACCUUGAUAAAACAAUCAAAUUAUAACGAAUGUCCCCUAAAUAGGCGACUUAACAUUUACCCCCUACCCAUCAUUGCAAAGAUAAAUGUGAUUGAUUGAUCCAUUCCCUACUGUUAAACCGCAGGACGAGGAGGAUGAUGAUGAGUUCGUCCCUGAGAAUGUGACCUUCGCUCCUAAAGACGUGACCCCUAUAGACUUCACCCCUAAAGUGGACCUCCAUGGUCUGGGGUACCGGGGUCUGAACCCCCUGGCGGCCCUCAGGGGAGGUCCCGGGGCGGGAAACAUCAACCUGUUCACCAUGGACUCAGACAGGACCACCAACCUGUUUGGAGAGGACAAGAAGGGACAGAGACGCAGGGGAGGAGUGGCAGGACAGGUAGGCAUACGGGUGUCUCUCAUUGUUUGUUUAGUAGUUCAGGUCUGUGACUUGUAAUCUGCUUGUAAUAGUAUGGAAAACACUUGACUGGUGGUCAGGCAUCUAAUAGUAGGGAAAACACCGGUCUGACUGUGUCAGCUCUAAUAGUAGGGGAAACCCUUGUUGAUGUUGUCAGCUCUAAUAGUAGGGAGGAAAAACACUGGCUGACUGUUGUUCAGCUCUAAUAGUAGGGGAAAACCCACUGGUCGGACUGUUGUCAGCUCUAAUAGUAGGAGGAACACACUGUAAUGACUGUUGUCAGAUUAAUAGUAGGGAAAACAAAUGUCUGACUGUUUGUCAGCUCUACUAGUAGGGAAAACACGUCGGACUGUUGUCACUCUAAGAGUAGGGAAACACUGUCUGACUGUUGUCAGCUCUCAAUAGUAGGGAAAACAACUGUCUGACUGUUGUCUCAGCUCUAAUAGUAGGGAACACUGUCAUGAUGUUGUGUCGCUCUAAUAGUAGGGAAAACAGUCUAAUUGUCAACUCGACUAGUUGGGAAAAACACUGUCUGACUUGUGUCAGCUCUAGAGUAGGGAAAAAACACUGUCUGACUGUUUGUCAGCUACAUGUAGGGAAACACUGUACUGACUUUGUCAGCUCUAAUAGUAGGGAAAACACGUCUGACUGUUGUCAACUCUAAUGUAGGGAAAACACUGUGACUGUUUCCAGCUCUAAUAGUAGGGAAAAACACCUGUCUGAUGUUGUCAGCUCUAAUAGUAGAGGAAAACACUUGUUCUGACUGUUGUCAGCUCUUUAAAUAGUAGGGAAACACUGUCUGACUGUUGUAGCUCUAAUAGUAGGGAGGAAGGAAAAACACUGUCUGACUGUUGUCAGCUAUAUAUAGGGAAAACACUGUCGGACUGUUGGCAGCUCUAAUAGUAGGGAAGGAAAACACUGUCUGACUGUUGUCUGACUCUAUAGGUAGGAGAAAAAACACAUGUCUGACUGUUGUCGCUCUAAUGUAGGAAAACACUGUAUGACGGUUGUCAGCUACUAAUAGUAGGGGAAAACACUUGUCUGAUGUUGUCAGCUUAAAGUAGGGAAAACACUGUCUCUGGACUGUUGUAAGCUCUAAUAGUAGGGAAAAACACUGUCUGCUGUUGUCAGCUCUAAUAGUAGGGAAAAACACGUCUGGAUGUUUGUCAGCUCUAAUAGUAGGGGAAACACUGUCUGGACUGUUGUCGCUCUAAAGUAGGGAAAACCAACUGUCUGGCUGUUGUUCAGCUCUAAUAGUAGGGAAAACACUGUCGGUGUUGUCAGCCUAAAUGUAGGAAAACACUGUCUUGGCGGUUGUCAGCUUAAUAGUAGGGAAAACACUGUCUGGCGUGUCAGCUCUAAUAGUAGGGAAAACACUGUCUGCUGUCAGCUCUAAUAGUAGGGAAAAACACUGUUGACUGUUGUCAGCUCUAAUAGUAGGGAAAAUAAUUGUCUGACUGUUGCAACUCUAAUAGUAGGAAACACUGUCUGAUGGGUGUCAAACUCUAAUAGUAGGAAACCUGUCUUGAAUGUUGUGUCAGCUCGAAUAGUAGAGGAAAAACACGGUCUGGACUGUUGUCAGCUCUACUAGUAGGGAAAAACACUGUCUGGAGUUGUCAGCUCAAUAGUAGGGGAAACCACUGGCUGAUGUUGUCAGCACUAAUACUAGGGAAAACACUGUUGACUGUGUCGCUUAAUAGUAGGGAAACACUGUCUGAUGUUGUAGCUCUAAUAAUAGGGGAAGGAAGAAAAACACGGUCUGACUGUGUUGUCAGCUCUAAUCGUAGGGAACAACACUGUCGGUGUGUCAACUCUAAUUAGUAGGGAAAACACUGUCUGAUGUUGUGUCAGCUCUAUAGUGAGGGUGGAAAAACACUGUUGACUGUCUGUGUCAGCUUCGAAUAGUAGGGAAAACACGCUGACUGUUUGUAAAUUAAUAGUAGGGAAAACCACUGUCUGACUGUUGUCAGCUCUAUAGUAGGAAAACACUGUCUGGGACUGUUGUCAGCUCUAAUAGUAGGAAAACAUGUAUGACUGUUGUCAGCUCUAAUAGUAGGGAAAAACACUGUCGGGACUGGUGUCAGCUCUAAUAGUAAGGAAAACACGUCUGACUGUUGUCAGCCUUAUAGUAGGAAAAACACUGGUCGACUGUUGUCAGCUCUACUAGUAGGGAAAGACUGCGAGUUGUAGUCUAAUAGUGAGGAAAACACUGUGACGUUGUCAGCUCUCAAUAGUAGGGAAACAACUGUCUGACUGUUGUCAGCUCAUGUAGGGAACACACUGGUGACUGGUUGUUCAACUCUAAUAGUAGGGAAAACACUGUCUGACUGUUGUCAGCUCUAAUAGUAGGGAAAACAUGUUGUGACGGUUGUCAGCUCAAUAGAGGGAAACAUUGUCUGACUGUUGUCAGCUCUAAUAGUAGGGAAAACACUGUCUGAUGUUGUCAGCUCAAUAGUGAGGGAAGAAAACACGGUCUGACUGUUGUCUGCUCUAUAGAGGGAAAACCACUGUCUGACUGUGUCAGCUCUAAUAGUAGGAAAAAACUGUCUGACUGUUGUCAGCUCUAAUAGUAGGGAAAAAACAGGUCUACUGUUCAGCUUAAGAGUAGGGAAAACACUGUCUGAUGUUGUCAGCUCUAUAGUAGGGAAAAACACUGUCUGACUGGUUGUCAGGCUCUAAAAUAGUAGGAGAAAACACUGUUCUGACUGUUGUCAGCUCUAAUAGUAGGGAAAACAAUGUCUGACGUUGUCAGCAGCUCUAAUAGUAGGGAAAACAGUCUGGAUGUGUCAGCUAUAAUAGUAGGGAAAAACACUGUUUGGCUGUUGUCAGCUCUAAUAGUAGGGAAAACACUGUCUGGCUGCUUGUAGCUCUAAUAGUAGGGAAAAAACACUGUCUGGCUGUUGUCAGCCUCAAUAGUUAGGGAAAACAAUGUAUGGACUGUCAGCUCAAUAGUAGGGAAAACACUGUGACUGUUUUGUCAAGCUCUAAUAGUAGGAAAAUUACUUUGUCUGACUGUUGGUCAACUCUAAUAGUAGGGACAACACUGUCUGACUGUUGCUGUCAAACUCUAAUAGUAGGAAAACAUGUCUGAUGUUGUAGGUGUAGCUCUAAUAGUAGGGAAAAAACUGUCGACUGUUGUCAGCUUAAUCUAAUAGUAGGGAAAACACUGUCUGACUGUUGUAGCUAUAAUAGAGGGAAAACACAUGGCUGACUGUUGUCCAGCACUAUAGUGGGAAAACCACUGUUAUGACUGUUGUCAGCUCUCUAAUAGUAGGGAAAACAACUGUCUGACUGUUGCAGCUCUAAUAAUAGGGGAAAACUGGUUCUGACUGUUGUCAGCUCUAUAGUAGGGAAAACACUGUCUGCUUGUUGUCAACUCUAAUAGUACUUAGUAGGGAAAACACUGUCUGACUGUUGUGUAGCUCUGAAUAGAGGGAGGAAAACACGUCGGAUGUGUGUCAGCUAAUAAUAGUAGGGAAAACAAUGUCUGACUGUGUAAGCUCUAAUAGUAGGGAAAACCACUGUCUGGACUGUGGCAGCACUAAUAGUAGGGAAAACACUGUCUGACUGUUGUCAGCUCUAAUAGUAGGGAAAACACUGUCUGACUCUGUGUCAGCUCUAAAUAGGUAGGGAAAACAUGUCUGACUGUUUCAGCCUUUAAUAGUAGGAAAAACAACGGGCUGGCUGUUGCAGAUAUAAUAGUAGGGAAAACAUGUUCUGACUGUUCAGCUCUAAUAGUAGGGAAAACACUGUAGGAAUGUUGUAGCUCUAAAUAGUAGGGAAAACACUGUCUGACUGUUGGUCACUCUAAUAGUAGGGAAAACAGCUGUCUGAUCUGUUGUCAGCUCUAAUAGUAGGGAGACAACAACUGUCUGACUGUUUGUCAGCUCUCAUAGUAGGGGAAAACACUGUCUGAAUGUGUCGCCUAAUCGUAGGGAAAACACUGUAGGCCUGUUGUCAGCUCUAAUAGUAGGGAAAACACUGUCGGACUGUUGUAGCUUAUAGUAGGGAAAACACUGUCUGACUGUUGUCAGUUUAAUAGUAGGGAAAACACUGUCUGACUGUUGUCAGCUCUAAUAGUAGGGGGAAACACUGUUGACUGUUGUCAGCUAUAAUAGUAGGAAAACCACUGUUCUGAUGUUUGUCCAGUCUAAUGUAGGGAAAACACGGUCUGAAUGUUGUCAGUUUUAAUAGUAGGGAAAACACUGCGAUGUGUCAGCUCAAUAUAGGAAAACCAUGUCUGAAUGUUGUGUCAGCUCUAAUAGUAGGGAAAAAAAAAAAAAAACCACUGUCGACUUGUUUGUCAACUCUAAUAGUAGGGAAAACACUGGCUGGACUGUUGUCAGCUCUAAUAGUAGGGAAAACCCUGUCCGAUGGGGUCGGCUCUAAUAGUAGGGAAAAACACGGUCGAUGUUGUCAGCUCAAUAGUAGGGAAGAAAACACUGUCGACUGUUGUCAGCUCUAAUAGUAGGGAAAACACUGGUUCUGACUGUUGUCUCUAUAAUAGUCGGGAAAACACUGUCUGACUGUUGUUUGCUUAAUAGUAGGGGGGGAAAACACUGUCGACUGUUGUCAGCCUCAAUAGUAGGGAAGAAACACUGUUGGUUUUGUCAGCUUAAUAGUAGGGAACAACACUUGCUGGCUGUGUCUUCUCUAAUAGUGGGGAAACACUGUAGACUGUUGGUCAGCUAAUAGUAGGGAAAACACUGUGACGUUGUCAGCUAUAAUAGUAGGGAAAAACACUGUCUGACCGUUGUCAGCUCUAAUGUGGGAAAACACGGUCUUGACUGUUGUCUGCUUAAUAGUAGGGAAAACACGUUCGACUGUUGUCUUCUAUAAUAGUAGGGAAAACACUGUCUGACUGUUGUCAGCUCUAAUAGUAGGGAAAACACUGUGGCUGUGUCAGCUCUAGUAUUAGGGAAAACACUGUCCACUGACUGUUGUUUCUAAAAGUAGGGGAAGGAAAACACUGUCGACUGUGUCAGCCUUAAUAGUAGGAAAACAUGUCUGACGUGUUUCAGCUCUAAUAGUAGGGCAAACACAGUUGACUGUUGUCGCUCUAAAGUAGGGAAAACACUCUGUAUGAAUGUUGUCAGGCGCUAAUAGUAGGGAAAAACACUGUCUGAUUGUGUCAGCUUAAUAGUAGGGAAAACAUGUUGACUGUUUGUGUCAGUUAAUAGUAGGGAAACCUGUCUGAUGUUGUCAGCUCUAAUAGUGGGAAAAACACGUUCUGCUGUUGUCAGCUAUAAUGUAGGGAAAACACUGUCUGAAUGUUUUCCAGCUUAAUAGUAGGGAACACAUGUCUGAUGUUUGUCAGCUCUUAAUAGUAGGGAAAAACACUGUUGAUGUCCGCUCUAAUAGGUAGGGAAACACUGUCUGACUGUUUGUCAGCUUAAUAGUAGGGAAAACACUGUUGACUGUUGUCAGCUCUAAUAGUAGCGGAGGAAAACACUGUCUGAUGUUUGUGUCAGCUUAAUAGUAGGGCAAAACACUGUCGACACUGUUUGUGUCAGCUAAUAGUAGGGAAAACACUGUUGAAUGUUUGUUGUCAGCUAUAAUAGUAGGGAAAAACACUGUCUGACGUGUGUGUCAGCUCUAAUAGUAGGGGGGGAAAAAACACUGUCUGACUGUUGUCUGCUUAAUGUAGGGAAAAACACUGUAUGACUGUUGUCUCUCUAAUAGUAGGACAAAAAAAAAAAAAAAAACAAUGUUGACUGGUUGUCAGCUCAAUAGUAGGGACAAACACUUUGUCUACAGUUUUGUUGUCAGCUCUUAGUAGGAAAACAACUGUCUGACUGUUGUCCGCUCUAAUAGUAGGGAAACCACGUCGACUGUCAGCUCUAAUAGUAGGGAACCACUGUCUGACUUUGUCAGCUUAAUAGUAGGGAAAAACUGUUGACUGUUGUAGCUCUAAUAGUAGGAAACAUGUCUGACUGUUUGUCAGCUCUAAAGUAGGGAAACCACUGUGACGUUUGUGUCAGCUUCUAAUAGUUAGGGAAAACACUGUCGACUGUUUGUUCAGCUCUACUAGUAGGGAAAAACACUGUCUGACUGUUGUGUCAGCUCUAAUAGUAGGGAACACCUGUCUGACUGUUUCUUUGUGUCAGCUCUAAUAGUAGGGAAAACACUGUCUGACUGUUGUCAGCUCUAAUAGUAUGGGAAAACACGUCUGGACUGUGGCGCUCUAAUAGUAGGGAAAACACGGCUGACGUUGGGUCAGCUCAAUAGUAGGGAAAACAAUGGUCUGACUGUUGUCAGCUCUCAUAGUAUGGAAAACACAUGUUGACUGUUGUCAGCUCUAAAUAGUAGGAAACCACUGUCGGACUGUUGUCAGCUCUAAUUAGUAUGGGAAAACACUGUCUGACUGCAAGCUUAAUAGUAGGGAAAAAACCACUGUAUGACUGUUGCAGCUCUAAUAGUAGGGGAAAACAUGUCUGACGUUGUCAGCUCUAGUAGAGGGAAAACACUGUCUGACUGUGUUGUUUCACUCUACUAGUAGGGAAAACACUGUCUGACAUGUUGGUCAGCUCUAAUAGUAGGGAAAAAAGGAAACACUGUCUGACUGUCAGCUAUAAUGAGGUGAAAAACACUGUCUGACUGUAUGUCAGCUCUAAUAGUAGGGAGGAAAAUACUAUGUCUGACUGUUGUCCAGCUCUAAUAGUAGGGAAACACUGUCGAAGUUCAGCUUCUAAUAGUAGGGAAAACCACGUCUGACUGUUGUCAGCUCUAUAGUAGGGAAAACACGGUCUGACUGUUGGUCAGCUCUCAUAGUAGGGAAAACACUGUCUGACUGUUGUGUCAGCUUACUAGUAUGGAAAACACUGUCUGACUGUGUGUCAGCUCUAAUAGUAGGGAAAACACUGUCUGACUGUUGUCAGCUCUAAUAGUUAGGGAAAAACAUGUCUGGUGUUGUCAGCUCAAGAGUAGGGGGGGGGUGGGGAAAACAUGUCUGACUGUUUGUCAGCUCUAAUAGUAGGGACAACAAUAUGUUGACUGUUGUCAGCGAUAUAGUAGGGGGGGGAAACACUGUCUGACUGUGUCAGCUCUAAUAGUAGGGGAAAACACUGUCUGACUGUCAGCUCUAAUAGUAGGGAAAAAACUGUCUGACUGUUGUCAGCUCUCGUUAUUGUUUUUGGUUAUUGUUACUAGUUGCAGGUGCUCGGGAUAUUUGUUGUGCUUGCUUGACCCGUUGACCAACCCAGGGGUUGGUGUGGGUUUUUUUUUGCAAGGGACCGAAUGAUGAUGUGGAAAAUCACCACAGAGACACCAUGUCUCACUACGACGUCGGGGUGCUGGGAGGUGGGAGGAGGCAUGCGGACUGA